AUGUCUAAGCCUUCGGACUCCAAUGAGCAGGCCGAUGCAGAGAAGGACUUCAAAUCUAAAUCAUUUCAGUUUUGGCUGAUCAUGAUCUCAAUCUAUUUUUGCUUCAUUUUAGUUGCACUGGACCGCAUGAUUGUUGCCACUGCGAUACCUGCAAUCACGAAUACCUUUGGUUCCAUCUCAGACAUUGGGUGGUAUGGCAGCGGAUACAUGCUCACAUGUGCCAUCUUCAAUCCGCUUUACGGCAAGCUCUACCAACUGUACGAUACGAAGCGGACAUUCCUUAUCGCAAUCUUCAUAUUUGAAGUUGGGAGUGCUAUAUGCGGCGCUGCUCCUACCUCUACAACUCUCAUUGUCGGCCGAGCGAUUGCGGGCAUCGGAGCGGCGGGCAUCACCUGCGGAUCCAUCAUGUCGGUUAUCCCUCUCAUACCGCUUCCGAAGCGACCGUUAUUCAUUUCCUUCUUUGGCCUCGCCUUUGGGGUAGCCUCUGUUCUUGGGCCCUUUCUGGGAGGUACCUUUACAGACAAUGCCCUCGGAUGGCGUUGGUGUUUCUAUAUCAACCUUCCCAUCGGUGGAGUCACCUUCGCUGUCAUUUUCUUCUUCCUACAACUUGAGUCUUCACCGAAAACGGAUCUAUCCAUCUGGGCGCAAAUCAAGCGUCUAGAUCCCAUUGGCCUUUUGUUCUUCAUACCUUCAAUGGUAUCUCUCAUACUCGCGCUUCAGUGGGGAGGUACAACGGAUCCCUGGUCGGCACCCAAGAUCAUCGGCCUUCUUAUCACCUUCGCAGUGACUUUCGUCGCAUUCUUAGUCGUCGAGUUCAAGAUGCCAGAAACAGCAAUGGCACCCGCUCGUGUCGUACUCAACCGCUCCGUCGGCGGCGCUAUGUUCUUCGUCUUCGUCAUGACUGGUGGUUCGAUGAACGCAAUCUACUACCUUGCGAUCUGGUUCCAAGCAGCACAGGGCCAAACUGCUAUGGAAGCGGGCGUACGCACUAUCCCAUUGGUACUAUGCCUCGUGCUCACUGGCAUCGUAGCCGGAGCAUGCACCCAAAAGAUUGGAUACUGCAACCCAGCAAUGUUCGUCUCACCGAUUUUGAGCGCUAUCGCUAGUGGUCUUCUUUCCACACUUGUACCGCACUCCAGCGCGAGUAAAUGGAUAGGCUACCAGGUCUUCUACGGUAUCGGCCUUGGGUGUGGUUUGCAAACAGCAAAUCUAGUCCCGCAAGUUGUCUUACCGCCGUCGGACAUCUCAUUGGGCAUGGCACUCAUGUUCUUCGUGCAGCAGCAGGGUGGCGCUAUAUUCCUCGCCGUUGGUCAGAGCGUGUUUUCACAAGAGCUUGUGAAACAACUUUCGGGUAUCGCUGGUCUCGAUACCCAAGCCGUGAUUCACACGGGUGCGACAGAGCUACGAAAGACUGUGCCAGCGAAUGAUAUCGGUACAGUGAUCAACGCGUACAGCUACUCGUUGACUCGCGUGUUCCUUGUGGUAGCGGGACUGAGUUCUUGCAUGAUCUUGGGCACGCUAUUGGUGGAAUGGAGGAGUAUCAAGAAAGCUGAUCCGCCCGCGAAAGACGAAGACGUUGAGAAGGAUUGUAGUACUAAGUCAGCUGGCAGUAUUGUGACAGCUGGCUCUGUUAAGACAACUAGUGUUGUUGAAAAGCAAAGCUGUAAGUAA